AUGUCGGCAGCAGAUUACUACGGCCAGUCCGGCCAGCAAAGCUCCAACGCCCCGCCGCCGCCGCCGCCGAGCUACAGCCCGUACCCAUCACAGCCCUCCUACGCAUCGCCCUCACCACAGCCGCAGUACGGCGCACCUCCUCAGCCGUACUAUGCCGCUCCCCAACAGCCAAACUACUCCAGCCAGCAUCUCCAGCCCUACGGCCAGCAGAGCCCCUACGAGCGCCCGACCUCGGCGCACUCUGCCAACGUCCCCUAUGCCCCGCCCCCGCACUCCCCGAGCCCCUACGACCGUCCCGCCAGCGCCCAGAGCGACUAUGCGCAGCCGACAUAUGCCUCCCAGUCGCAGUCGCAGACGGACCAGUACAACCGCGGGCCAGAUGGCGCGCCCGGCGAAGACGGCGAGAGGGGCCUGAUGUCUAGCAUGAUCGGUGGCGGCGCGGGCGCCUUCCUCGGCAACAAGAUGGGCCACGGCAGCAAGCUCAAGAUGGCCCUCGGCGGCGUGGCUGGCGCUGUUGCUGCCAACAUGAUCGAGCACAAGAUUCAGGGCCACAACAAGCCCUCGCAUCACGGCGGCCACUCCAGCGGAGGCCUGCUGGGCGGCCUGCUGGGCGGUGGGCACGGCGGCUCACAUCACGGGUCGUCGAGCAGCUUCUUCGGGGGAGGCCAGCAGUAUGGGCCUCCUCCUCCGCAUCACGGGGGUGGCCACCAUCACCACGGACAUCACGGUGGCCACCAUGGGGGACACCACGGCGGCCAUCACGGAGGUUGGUAG